AUGGCAAAUGUCUUCACGAAGCGAACGCGAAAACCACGCACCACAACCCUGUCUGAUUAUAGUGGUUUCGAGACAACUAAACCACGGUACCUCCCCAGAAUCCUGUCUCCUACACGUGUAGCCAACCCUCACCCCCCGGGCCUGAGAUACCAACUCAUUAGUCAGGAAAAGCCGUCGUAUGGCAUUUGGCAUCCCGACUUCAACAAGAUAGCAAAGAGGAUACCCGCCAUGGCAGAUCACUUAAGGUGGGUAAACUUCAGCUGUGGACCCUUCAUACGGCACGUCAACGAAAUAGGCAAGGCCCCCGCCGUCGUGUAUACAGAGACUACCACCUCCCGAAUUAGCUAUCGAAACCCAAGCCUCUUACCCGAGGUCCAGGCCCAGAAAGCUUCACGAUUCAGUCAUACCCCACCCGGGGGUCCCGCCACUGGGAUAGUCCCUAAUCUGAUCCUGUCCAGAUACCCUCCAGUUAUGGACCCCAGAAAAGUCGGACCUUCACAACCACCCAAGGCAGACAGAGCUAUGAUGGAGCCUGAACUAUCGGGGAAGAAACUCGAAAUAGAGCGCAAUACCAGAGCCAGAUGGAAGACAGAAAAGGGAGGGAAAAUGGAGUAA